UCAUCAAUACAUAAUAUUCAUCAUCGUUUUUGUUUUGCUAAUCCUAGUUCCCAUUUUCUUUUUUUGACUGCAACACAGCCAGCGAUCGACAAAAAUGGGAUCUUGUACUGCAAAAAUGGCAUGGAUCUUGCUCUUCUUUGCAGUCGUAGCUCUUGCUCAGGCAAAGAAGCCGAGUCAGAAUAAGAAGGAAGUGACACACAAGGUUUAUUUUGACGUCGAGAUUGCUGGAAAACCUGCUGGACGUAUUGUGAUGGGUCUUUUUGGAAAAACAGUUCCUAAAACAGUUGAAAAUUUUCGAGCAUUGUGCACAGGGGAACACGGUGUGGGCAAGAGUGGAAAACCUCUUCACUACAAAGGAAGCACGUUCCAUAGAAUUAUUCCAAGCUUUAUGCUCCAAGGAGGUGAUUUCACACUUGGGGAUGGAAGAGGUGGAGAAUCGAUCUACGGUGAAACUUUUGCUGAUGAAAAUUUCAAGAUAAAGCACACUGCUCCAGGACUUCUUUCAAUGGCUAAUGCUGGCCAAGACACUAAUGGCUCCCAGUUCUUCAUUACAACAGUCACAACUAGCUGGCUGGAUGGUCGACAUGUUGUGUUCGGGAAGGUGUUAUCAGGCAUGGAUGUAGUUUACAAGGUUGAAGCAGAAGGUAAUCAGAGUGGCACACCCAAAAGCAAGGUUGUGAUAUCAGAUAGUGGGGAACUUCCUCUUUAGAAGUUUUUUCGAAACAAUUGUUACUAUGUAUGUGGAACUAAUCGAUUAAGAUAAAGACUUUUUUUCACUGAGUAGUCAAUGAAGAAAGAGUUGUCCAUGACAUUAUUCACCAUUUUGACAUACUUGUUUAGUUGUUUUGUUAGUGAUUUUGUUAUGGCACUAUAUGAAGCUUUUUCAUGUAUGU